CACUACUGCUGGGCUGCAGUUACCGGAAACACACGGAUUCAAAGAAGAGCGACAGAGUUUGGCCACUAGGUGUCAUGGCGAGUUCAAACCGAUGGUGACGCAACACCGAGCAAAGCAGAGGAAGAGACGGCAGACACCGCACCUUCGACCAAGGUAAAGCAUGGCAAUGACCGGCCAGAGCUCAUGCUCCUCCAUGAGUAACCACACCAAGGAGCGGGUCACCAUGGCCAAAGUGACCCUGGAGAAUUUUUAUAGUAACCUCAUCGCCCAGCAUGAGGAGCGAGAGAUGAGGCAGCAGAAGCUGGAGAAAGUGAUGGACCAGGAAGGCUUGGCUGAUGAAGAGAAACGUAUGCGGCGUUCUCAGCAUGCGAGGAAAGAGACGGAGUUCCUGCGCCUGAAGCGCACUCGACUCGGCCUGGAGGACUUCGAGUCCUUGAAGGUGAUUGGCCGCGGAGCUUUCGGAGAGGUUCGUCUGGUGCAAAAGAAAGACACCGGUCACGUCUACGCCAUGAAGAUCCUCCGCAAAGCCGACAUGCUGGAGAAAGAACAGGUCGGACAUAUCCGCGCAGAGCGGGACAUUCUGGUAGAGGCAGACAGCCUGUGGGUGGUUAAAAUGUUCUACAGCUUCCAGGACAAGAUGAACCUCUACCUCAUCAUGGAGUUCCUGCCUGGAGGAGACAUGAUGACCCUGCUGAUGAAGAAGGACACUCUGACAGAAGAGGCCACUCAGUUCUACAUAGCAGAGACAGUGCUGGCCAUUGACUCCAUCCACCAGCUGGGCUUCAUUCACAGAGACAUCAAACCAGACAACCUGCUGCUGGACUCCAGGGGUCACGUCAAGCUGUCUGACUUUGGCCUGUGCACCGGGCUGAAGAGGGCUCACCGCACCGAGUUCUACAAGAACCUGAACCACAGCCUGCCCAGCGACCUCACCAAGCAAACCUUCCAGAACAUGAACUCCAAGAGGAAAGCAGAGACCUGGAAGAGGAACAGAAGGCAGCUGGCUUUCUCCACAGUGGGAACUCCAGACUACAUCGCUCCAGAAGUCUUCAUGCAAAAUGGAUACAACAAGCUCUGUGAUUGGUGGAGCCUGGGCGUCAUCAUGUACGAGAUGCUGAUAGGUUACCCUCCGUUCUGCUCGGAGACGCCACAGGAGACGUACAGGAAAGUGAUGAACUGGAGAGAGACGCUGACCUUUCCUCCUGAAGUGCCUAUAUCAGAGAAGGCCAAAGACCUCAUCCUCAGGUUCUGCUGCGAGGAGGAGCACAGGAUCGGAGCCGUGGGCGUGGAGGACAUCAAGUCCAAUCCUUUCUUUGAGGGGGUGGACUACGACCACAUCAGAGAGCGGCCUGCUGCCAUCCCCAUAGAGAUCAAAAGCAUCGACGACACCUCACACUUCGACGAGUUCCCUGAUUCAGACAUCCUCACACCGACAGCCGCCCCGGUGUCUAACCAGACCGAGGCCGACCUGAAGAACAAGGACUGGGUCUUCAUCAACUACACCUACAAACGCUUCGAAGGCCUGACGGCUCGAGGAGCCAUACCGUCCUACAUGAAGUCGGGCAAGAGAUGAACACCUGCAGACAGGCUUUUUAAACCGAGACCACCAGGAAACCCGAUCGAGUCGUCCAAACACCCCCGUUGCCUGCGGACCUCCAGCCCUGAGAGGAGAGCUCUGUUUGACUCUGUCACCCAAGUGACGACGAUCCUUGUCACACGGGACAAAUAAUAAACGGGGCUCAAUUUCGUCCGUUGCUUUCCACCAUAGGAACCCGCUGCCUUUAUUUCUGCAGGUCUUUACUUUCUGACACUUUCUCAGUUUGGAUUGUUUCUCUCCACUUGCCUUUUUUUGUCCAUCAGUGAAUGCAGCAGGAUGUCUUCACUCCUCACACACCAGCGUCACUUACAUUCCCUCUAUAAACCAGCAUCAGUCUGUCAGACCUACCAAGGGCUCUUUUCCUUCCAGACAAGGACAUCCACUCCAUUCACUGUUUUUUUUUCUUUCUUCCUGUUGACUCAUCAGCUAAAACAUUCAGCAUUAAGUCUCCGCCUGAAGUGAAUCAGGUGCUCUUCAGGGAUUCUGUCCAAAUGUUUCUUGUCGUUUUCCUACAAGAGCUCACUACGAGGCUUCUCCACAGUGCUGCUGGCUUCUUCUUAAGAUGACCUAACCAAAGACUGAGCUCCGUGAUGUUUCUGCUUCAUCUGUCACGAUGCUUCUCGUUACAUACGGCUGUACUUUCCAGAUUUGCAAGAUUUGUUUGUUGAAGUGUGAAUUUAUGAGAGCGGUGCGUUUUCUUAUCCUUUUUUCUUUUUCUUUUUUGAGUCUUGUUACAUUUUUUUCACAGUGACCCACUUGAAAUACCUUAAGCACCUUUUUAUAUGAUGCUUGAUCUCCAGUGCAGUCAGGCCUCCAGCUAAUAAGUUUGUGUUCAGACUGGAAAAGUAGCCUCGAGGCCACACGAGGGUGAAGGCGGCAUCACAACUGUAGUUACUAUUCCCCCAGAAAUGUCUGCAUGUUACUGUUUGAAUGCCAUGAACUGUCAUCAAGACACUUCUAUACCAAAUUUUGUACAAGGUUUUUGUGACUCAUUCACACACACACACACACACACACAUUAACAGCAGUGAGCUACCGUGCAGGGUCCUGGCCUGACCAUCAGAGUGUCUGAGGUUGUGACCCUGUGAUCAGAGGACGAACAUCCAAAGUGAAGCUGAAGCAGCUCUUGUAAGCAGCAGCUGUAAUACUACACAGAGUGUGUAUUCCUGCAGUGCAGACAUGUACUCAAACUCACCACAGCCUGCCAGUCAAAUUCAACUCACUCUUCCAGUGUGUCACUGUUUCUGGAUCCCUAACGCUGCAGGGAGACAGUGUGAGUGAGACUCAGACAGCUUUGUGGGAUCACAUGAUGGUUUCAUCAGUCACAUGAUCCCGGACAUGUAGAUAAAAGUGUCUGUCGGGGUCGGAGUACAUCUGGUUGAACUUGUUUCUCGUGUUUUCUAUAUAUUUUGAUGUGUGGCAGCGAGGUGCUGUUUCCUGCGGUCAGCUGAGGGAAGCUUAUAACAUUGCUUUAGUCAGGUUGUCACCCUGAAUGUGUGUGAGUGUGUGUGUGUGCGUGUGUUUUUUUGUUCUUUACAGACACUCAACAUCUUAAAGAGUUCCUCCACAGUGCAGCAGUUCCUGUGUGAACACCAUCCAGUGUGGAGGAACUUUUUCAAACUCCAAGCACAGGGCUAAACAGUUUCCAGUGAACACAAUAUCCAAAAUGCUGUCAUUUAAAAUGAAUGUAAAUGUUUUAGAUUUACAGAGAAUUUUUUUUUUUUUUUUUGCCACAAUAAUUCCAAAAUGCUGUUUGUGUGAAUGUAGCCUGGACCAUUCACGUUUGUUUUUUUUAAAUCUUUGUCCUGAAACAUGAGCUGCGACGACGGAAGCCCCCAGAGACAGGAAGGAAAGACAAAAAGUUACAAAUGAUACAAAAUUAAUUUAAUUAUGACUCACUGUUCUAAUACUGAAAUAAUAUUUUUCAGUUACAUUUAGUCUAAUGUGUCACCUCAGUAGGUAAAAAUUAAAAUUUGGACUCAAAUUUGUCUUCCUGAGUCAAACUGCAUCAAACCACGUUUUCAUUUUAAUCUUGACAGUUUGGUUUUAUUAAAUACAUUUAACUAAAUUUAAAUUAUUUAAUUUUUUAAUCUCAUAAAUUUGACAUUUUGCAGUUUGGCUUUAUUCAUUUUGUCCAGACAACUCAAAAUUUGAAGUGAACAUAUUUUCAUAUUUAAUCUCAUCGUUCUAGCAUUUGUCUUUUUUUUUUUCUCGUCUGGGCAGAGUUGAGCUUCCGUACGUUGAGUUCAGUGUGCAGGUGUUUAUGUGUGUAUUAUAAAGUUAGUGCAUUCAGGUAGUGUGUAGAUGAAGUAACACGUUUUAGAAAGCACGCGGCGGAGCUUCUUUUCUAUGGGGGGGCUCGAUGCUUCUGCUCUGCAUGCUUUUUACCAAACCGCAGACGAGUCAGCUUAAAGCAAUAGAGAGCACAUGGAAUGACUUGUUGAUAACGCCACUUUGUGUGUGUGAGAGUGUGUGUGUGUGUGUGUCUGCGUGUGAGAGAGAGAGAGGUCGAGUUUAGACUGGGUGAGGAUGUGAUCACGCGUCAGUAAAAACAAUGCAGCGUUUGACUGCUUGAACACCUGUAUGUUUUCUACAUGUGAGGCUCAGAUGUGUGUGUAUGCUCUGCUCGGGUCAUCGUGGGUCAUGUGACCUGAGAUGAGAAGUGAGGGGUUCUGGGAAGGUGGGUGUACAUUAUUUAAACCACUGUUCUCUUUGUAGUGUGUGGCUGUUGUAUUGUUUUCUGCUAUUUGACAAUGAAUUACUCUGCACUUAC